CGUCCGUCCCUCUGGCGGCGGCGGAGUCUGUCUGCGGGUGGAGAGGGCGGAGGCGGCGCCGCGGCUCCUCCCGCUUCGGAGGCGGCGGCGCUGAGCGCGAUCGGAGGCCGAGACGAGGCCGAGGGAGGCGGUCGCGAGCACGAGUGGGGUGGGGCGUGCCCGCGCCCCCGCCCCCUGGGCCCUGCGCGCAGCUCGGGAGCCGCAGCGGAAGGUGGCUGUGAACACGCCGCCUCCCCCUCCUCUCCAUCCUCGUGGAUUCUUCAGCCGCUCAGGCCUUCCAGGACGCGUGGAGCGGGCCCCGGAGACAGGGACACCCCUGCCAGCAGGAGCCGUCGGUGGGGCGGCCCGGAGGAGGCCAGCGGCCCUGCGGGGCCGGGCUGGGGCCGGGGACGCAGCCGGGAGCGCAGAGGGCUGGCGGGCGCCGCGGAGAGCGGCCGACUGGGCCCCGCCUGCCCUGGGGGCAGGCCCUGGGCCGACCGACCGGGAAGGAGGACAGACCAGCUGGCGAGAGGCUAGACCUGGAGCAGGGGCGGCUGCCUCUCUCCCGUGGCUGAGCCGAGGGAUCCAAGGAAUUUAGAGCAACAGCAUUUGUCAUAAGAAGGACACUUGCUGUCACUGAUUCAGGCUGCGUGGACCUGGAGAGACUUCCCACACGCCUGUGACCGAGGCCCCGGGGCCUCCCGGAGGACAGGCCGUGGGCCCGGAGGCCACCCAGGCCCGGCCGCCUCCCUGGGGAGAGGGGAAGUCCCCACCUGCUCCCCGGCCGGCCCAGGCCUCGGGCCGUCCCCUCGGGGUCCUGGCCCCCGAGGCGGCAGCAGCCAUGUCCCGGCCGGGCCAGGGCAUGCUGAUGCCGGUGAGCGGGCUGGGCUUCCCGCCGCAGAACGUGGCCCGCGUGGUGGUGUGGGAGUGGCUGAACGAGCACAGCCGCUGGCGGCCCUACUCGGCCACCGUGUGCCACCACAUCGAGAACGUGCUCAAGGAGGACUCCCGCGGCUCCGUGGUCCUGGGCCAGGUGGACGCCCAGCUGGUGCCCUACGUCAUCGACCUGCAGUCCAUGCACCAGUUCCGUCAGGACACGGGCACCAUGCGGCCCGUGCGGCGCAACUUCUACGACCCGUCGUCGGCGCCUGGCAAGGGCAUCGUGUGGGAGUGGGAGAGCGAUGGCGGCGCCUGGACGGCCUACGACAUGGACAUCUGCAUCACCAUCCAGAACGCCUACGAGAAGCAGCACCCCUGGCUGGACCUGUCGUCGCUAGGCUUCUGCUACCUCAUCUCCUUCGGCAGCAUGUCGCAGAUGAACCGCCAGACACGCCGGCGCCGCCGGCUGCGCCGCCGCCUGGACCUGGCCUACCCGCUCACCGUGGGAUCCAUCCCCAAGUCGCAGUCGUGGCCCGUGGGCGCGGGCUCGGGCCAGCCCUGCUCCUGCCAGCAGUGCCUGCUGGUCAACAGCACGCGCGCCGCCUCCAACGCCAUCCUGGCCUCGCAGCGCCGCCGGGCGCCCCCGGCCGCCGCGCCCCCGCCGCCCCCCGGGGGCCCGCCCGCCGCCGUGCGCCCCAGCGCCACCUUCGCGGGCCCCGCACUCUGGGCCGCGCCCACCGCCAGCCCCGCCGAGCCCGCGCCGCCCUCCUCCGGGGCGCCCCCGCGGAGCCCCAGCGCCCCCGGCGGCGCGCCCGCCCCGGGACUGAACAACCUCAACCGGCCCGGACCCCAGCGCGCCUCCAGCGGGAGCACCCGCGCCUCCAUCCCGCCCGGGGUCCCCGCACUUCCGGUGAAGAACCUGAAUGGGAGCGGCCCGGUCCACCCGGCCCUGGCAGGGAUGACCGGGAUCCUGCUCUGCGCCGCUGGGCUGCCCGUGUGCCUGACCCGGGCACCCAAACCCAUCCUGCACCCGCCCCCGGUGAGCAAGAGCGACGUCAAGCCGGUGCCCGGCGUGCCCGGCGUGUGCCGCAAGACCAAGAAGAAGCACCUCAAGAAAAGUAAGAACCCUGAGGAUGUGGUUCGGAGGUACAUGCAGAAGGUGAAGAACCCACCUGAUGAGGACUGCACCAUCUGCAUGGAGCGGCUGGUCACGGCGUCCGGCUACGAGGGCGUGCUGAGGCGCAAGGGGGUGCGGCCAGAGCUGGUGGGCCGCCUGGGCCGCUGCGGCCACAUGUAUCACCUGCUGUGCCUCGUGGCCAUGUACUCCAACGGCAACAAGGACGGCAGCCUGCAGUGCCCCACCUGCAAGGCCAUCUACGGGGAGAAGACGGGCACGCAGCCCCCCGGGAAGAUGGAGUUCCACCUCAUCCCCCACUCGCUGCCGGGCUUCGCCGACACCCAGACCAUCCGCAUCGUCUACGACAUCCCCACUGGCAUCCAGGGCCCUGAGCACCCCAACCCGGGCAAGAAGUUCACCGCCAGAGGCUUCCCGCGCCACUGCUACCUGCCCAACAACGAGAAGGGCCGGAAGGUGUUGCGGCUGCUCAUCACCGCCUGGGAGCGCAGGCUCAUCUUCACCAUCGGCACCUCCAACACCACGGGCGAGUCGGACACCGUGGUGUGGAACGAGAUCCACCACAAGACCGAGUUCGGAUCCAACCUCACGGGCCACGGCUACCCAGACGCUAGCUACCUAGACAACGUGCUGGCCGAGCUCACAGCCCAGGGCGUGUCCGAGGCCACGGCCAAAGCCUGAGGCCCCGGGCUGCCCACCUUCCCUCCUGCUUUGCCCCUGGCCGGCCACGGGCCUCCCUCCGCCAGGUGUGCCUCCUGGUGGCCCAGGCCCAGGGCUGGGGAGGAGCCCGUGGAAGAAGCCGGAUGCGCCCUGGAAACCGGGCUGGUGGCUACUGGGGAUGAUGGGAAGACGGCAGGCCAACCAGCCUGCUCCGACCGAGCCCUGAGAGGACCGCAGGGAGAGCACCAGGAACCACAGCGACCGCCCUACCGCCAAGACAGAGCCUCAGCCCUCACACAGACACGUGUCCCGGUGAACACACGCACGCGCACCCACGUGCCUCUACUUGCCCCCAGGCCGGAGAAGACACAGGAGACACCUGCGACCCUCCGUGUGGACCCCAUGUGUGUCUGUCACCUCCGCACGAGCUUGUCUGCCAGCAGGAGGACUCGGGUCAAGCACUUGGGGACCUGCUGGGGUUCCUGAGGGACAAAGGGGCACCUGGGGCGCCCAGCUGACCCCCCAUCUGUGUCACCGCCUCUGCCCCCAGGUUAUGGCGCAGCUCUGCAAAGGGGCGGGCCAGAGAGAGGGGGGCUAGAGGUAUCUUGCUUUGUGCUUGUGUCUCCUCAUCCUCCCACCCAUCCAUCCCCAGGCCCUUGUCCGUCCAUCCCAGGUAAAGGCAAUCACUGCUUGCCUUUCUGCCCACGCGCCCCAUCCUCCCCACCGAUUCGUUUCCAAUGUGGAGCUCCUAAGGCUGGAGCUCCUGGCUUAAGGAGCGAGAGGCAGCGGCCUGGUGUCAGCCAGCAGGUCUGCAAAAAAAAGCAGGCAGGAGCGCAGAGCGUCCGCUCCCCUGGCUCGGGAGUGUGGGCCGUGGGGUGGCUGAUGGUUUCCACCAACCAGAGGCCUGUUGCCCAGGCAACGCACCAGCUCCGCCUCUGUGGAUUGGCUACCGCGGUGGAAGCCAGCCAAGAACGAAAGGGACGCCAGUGAUUGCUCUUUUGAAAAAAAACUACCAGUCCCACUGUGGGUGGAGAAAUAAACAGCCUUUCUCCUCCUC